GAGAUAGACUGCCGCAAAGAUGGUCAGGCCGCGGUUGAGAGUCGCGACCUGAUCUUUGUGGGCUGAUCCCUUUGGAUACGGCUUUGUCAAAGGCCGAUACUGGUUGGAAGGCAUCGUCGGCUCCUUUUUGCACCCUUGGUUGGACGUUUAGACAAUCUUCUUUGGCUCGUCGGCGACAAGGUCAGAAGCGCUUUGUUUGCUCUUGACGCCUCUCGGAUUUUUAGUGGCUCGUGCACGUGUGCUUCUUCGUCCUCGUCCUGGAUCCUCAUUGCCUUCGCUCGCUGACGACACGUCAAAGCAAGGCUGCAGGGCUUUCUCUCAAGCACCAACGAUGAGCCCAUUGGCUACGAGAGCGCUGGUCGCGAUUGCCGUAGUGGGCGUGCUCCUCACCUUCUGGGAGCAAUCUCGCCUCACGUCAUACCGGCCUUCGGACGUCUUUCGCGCGCCGUUUGCUCCCUCGCUCAACCUUUCCUCUUCCCAGGCCAUUUCGCGUCGGGUGGUAGCCGUGGCGGAUCUUCAUGGAGACCUCGAGCACGCACACAAUGUGCUCCGCAUGGCCAAGCUGAUAGAUGGGGCCGACCCUCCGAAUUGGAUUGCGGGUCACGACAUUCUCGUCUCGACGGGUGACAUUGUCGACCGGGGUGACGACACAAUCGCACUAUACCACAUGUUCAUGCGGCUGCGACGGCAGGCGCAAGCGGCGGGGGGUGAGGUGCGAAACUGCCUGGGUAACCACGAGAUGAUGAAUGCGCUCAUGGACUGGCGCUACGUCACCCCGGGCGACAUUGACUCCUUCGGCGGCCGCGUCGAGCGGAGGCAGGCCAUGAGCGCCUCCGGCUGGGUUGGCAAGGAAUGGAUGUCGCACUACAACAUCUCUCACACGGUCGAGCUCCUCCCCCAGGCGCUGGUGCCAUCGGCGCUCCAGACGGUCUACAGUGUGCCUCAAGCCAACUUUGUGCAUGGCGGUAUUCACCCAAUGUGGGCCCAGAGGGGUCUUGACGAGAUCAAUGAUGUCGGCCACAGCCUGCUGCGCAAGGCGCUCUCAGCCAAGCGCAUCGACUACCUCCCAGACGACGCGACACCGGAGGAGAGGAAUCUGUACGCGGAAAAGGGCCCGCUCUGGUACCGCGGCUUUGCCCUCGAUGAGGAAGCCGAGGUGUGCGAUGAGGCCCACGAUUCUCGCCAAUUGCUAGGAGUGAGGCACCUCAUCAUGGGCCACACACCGCACUUCUCUGGCUUUGUCGUCAGGUGCUCGGUUGGUGUACUCCUAAUCGAUACGGGCAUCUCGCGAGCCUACGGUGGCGAACAGUCAGCCCUCAUCAUCGACACCGAACUCGCGCCCGAGGGCAACGAGUGGAAGGAGACCGAGACGCUUACGGCGCUUUAUCGCAACCGCGUUCCCAAAAUCAUCAAGAAGGACACUCGCAAGAUUGGACGAUAGUUUAGAGCCACUGGAUCUUCUCGAAUGACAUGCCUGGAUACCCUCCUACAUACUCUCUCUUUAGAAGCCUUCAAUCCUGACCUUUUGGCUCUAUUCGGUCAUUUUUCGGCCAAAGUCUCGGUUCUGCCGUACCUCUUCUGCCCCGAGAGCGAGUACAG